ACGAUGGGGCACUAUUCCUCCCCCCCCACUGACACCAACGAUGGGGCACUUUUCUUCCCCCCCACUGACACCAACGAUGGGGCACUAUUCCUUCCCCCCACUGACACCAAUGAUGGGGCACUAUUCCACCCCCCACUGACACCAUAAGCAUGGGGCACUAUUACUCCCACUGACACCAAGCAUGGGGCAUUGUCCCUUUUACUGAUACCAAUGACAGGGUAUAAUUCCUCCCACUGAUACAAACAUUAUUCUUUUCACUGAAACCAAGGUUAAGAAACUACUACUCCCAAU